AUGGAGAAUGCAACUGAAAUCGUGUUUGUUCUACAAGGACUGAAUGAGACGAUGUCAAACAAACGCACAUACUUUGUUGUCACUCUUCUCGUUUACCUUUUUACUAUUUUAGUGAAUCUGACUUUGAUUGUGACAAUUAUCCUGGAGAAAACGCUCCAUGAGCCAAUGUUUAUAUUUCUGUGUAACUUGUGUGUAAAUGGCAUAUUUGGUGCCUCUACAUUUUAUCCCAAAAUAUUGGUGGACCUUUCAUCUGACUUGAGUGUUAUCUCAUAUAAAGCUUGCCUGUCUCAAGUUUUUGUAAUAUACAGCUACAUCUACUGCGAAUAUACUACACUAACAAUGAUGGCUUAUGACAGGUAUGUAGCGAUAUGCAAGCCGCUCAAUUACCACUCCAUCAUCACGCCUCGGACGGUGAUGAAAUUGCUGAUUUUUACCUGGCUUUCAUCCAUCUGUGAAUCAGUUGGUGUGACGGCCCUGGUAGCCAGACUGCCCCUCUGUGGAUUCAACAUCGAAAAGAUUUACUGCACAGCCUGGGCUGUGGUGAAGCUGUCAUGCGUGGACACCACUAUCAACAACAUAUACGGGUACAUUCUCAUGAUUUUUCACUUCUUACAAGCUGUGCUGAUCUUUGUUUCUUAUAUUUAUAUCGUCAGAGCAUGUGUGCGAUCGCAGGAAGAACGAAGUAAGUUCAUGCAGACCUGUUUGCCCCAUUUAAUCGCACUGACCAACUUGACGAUCGCUCUUGUUUUUGACAUAAUGUACGCUCGUUAUGGUCCCACCGACCGUCUGCAGGCUCUCCGCAACUUCAUGUCCCUGGAGUACCUCAUUGUUCCACCGCUCCUAAAUCCCCUCAUCUAUUGUCUGAAACUGAGCCAGAUACGCCGAAGAAUCUUUAGAACUUACAGCCGGAAACCGAUGUUCUAAAAUGAAUGCCGUUUUAUACCUUCAUCUACAACGCUGGAAAAUAGGCUAUGUUUUUAACCUGUUCUAGAUAUACUUUUUAUGUUUGAUAUGUUGGUGUUUGAAUUCUUAUCAUUCAAUCCAUCACAUUUACUACCUUGGUCUGUGGUAAAAUUGAUUAUUUCUUCUUGUAACGUCUUUUUGUUGCAAACCUUGGUAUAGGGAACUUUAGUUCUCUCACACAAAUAGGCUACUGGAAUGUAUACCUGGCAGACAGUUGCCUGCACAGUUUUAACCGUGGAGUUCACACAGUGAACAUUAUUCUGACCUAACCUAUGCUAAGUCAAACUAGGGGGCAACAGUGUUAUACAUGCAGCGAUCUAAAUCAUCAAAAGCAUACAGGCAAGAUAAAUGAUGGUUAAAUACACCAUUCAUGGCCAUAUAAAACUUAACAUUAUUAAUAUUAAAAUUAUAUCACAAUGUUCAAUACACAUGUUUAGUAAAAUUCACAAAGGAGAAGCCAUAGGCUGUGGAUUUCAUGAGGACAGGUCUAUUAAUUUUCUUAGUGACAACGGUCAAAUUGACCGCUAUGGCAUUUCUACUGUAAACUAUUUUUCACUAGGCUACUUUAGCUAGCCUACAAAUCACACAUUUUAAAAUUAAUGUUAGGCAGCCCUGUAGAUUAUCUACUGACUUACAAACAAUGAGGAGGUCUGUUGUGUUUACGAUACCCCUUCAAGAACACUUGCAUUUAUUUGUCAUUCAUUGUAAAGAAAAAUGACAAAAAUCCAUGCC